CUCAAUCCUGAACAUGUUUCCGAAAUGCUCGUGCUGCAACACUUGAUUAUAUUUGCAAUAACCAGUGUUACAGUGUUUCUAUUUUCCUGUUAUCUUAACUUUACAUACGUUUUCGAUACUUUUACGUAUCGACUUUUCAAUGAUAUUAGUGAUUUGCAAGUAUACGAUUAUGUCGUCGUUGGAGCAGGCACCGCGGGUGCAACUUUAUCUGCAAGAUUAGCGGAAGACGGGCAUAAGGUCUUAUUACUGGAGGCUGGUGGAGUUGCACCACCUUUCCUUGAUAUUCCACUUCUAGCUCCAUUAAUUCAAAACAGUCCAUACGAUUGGCAAUAUAUUACUGUGCCUCAACAGAAUGCUUGCAAGGGUUUAAUCAAUAAUCAAAGCAGAUGGCCAGUGGGUAAAGUUCUUGGUGGAACUAGCCGAUUAAAUUAUAUGCUUUAUGUACGAGGGCAUCCUCUUGAUUAUAGUGAAUGGCUUCCAGAGUUUAUCGAGCCUGUUACGCAGAAUGGUGGGCCAAUGAAUGUAAAUAAUUUAAAAUGGAAUACUUGUCUGGCUGAUGUGAUCUUACAAGGAUUGGUAGAACUGAAUCAACGCAUUGGUGACAUUAACAAGGACUUCGAAACAGGUUUCAUGAAACCACAAGUGUCCAUACAAGAUGGUAAAAGAUGGAGUACAGAUAAUUUAUUGCACAAAUAUUCUCAAAAGAAAAUGACUAUUAUCACUCAUGCACAUGUUGAGAAAGUAUUAAUAAAAUCAAAUACAGCAACAGGAGUACAAUUUAUGACCCUAAACAAAGUAUAUAAAGCAAUUGCAAAAGAAGGUGUUAUUCUCAGUGCUGGAGCAAUUGGUACUCCUAAAAUAUUGAUGUUGUCCGGUAUUGGACCAAGAGAACACUUGGAAGAUUUAAAUAUAAACGUUAUUAGAGAUUUACCAGUUGGUCAGCAUUUGAUAGACCAUGUGCUUACUGGAAUUGAUUUAAUUACACUCAAUGAAACUAUGGGUUUAAGUAUGGCUGAUACUCUGAAUCCAAUGUCAGCAUUAAACUACUUUCUUUUCGGUGAUGGACCUUGGACAUCCACAGGAGUUGAAAUUCUGGGAACACUUCAUAGUUCUUUUAAAAAAAAUACAUCAAAUGUACCAGACUUACAAAUAAUGGUUAUGCCACUCGGAUUAUCAAGGGAUCACGGUAUUGUGUUAAAAAAAGCCUUGGGAAUUUCUGACAAGGUCUAUAAUGAAUAUUUUGCUCCCCUCGCAUAUAAGAAUACAAUAACAAUUGCUCCUGUUCUAUUACACCCGAAAAGUAUGGGAGAAGUUAAACUACGCAGUACCGAUCCUCUUGAUCCACCCCUAAUUGACCCAAAAUAUUUAACGAACGAAGAUGACAUUGCAACUCUUAUAGAUGGAUUGCAGUUCGUGAAGAAAAUCGUUGAAACAGAUGCUAUGAAAACUGUUGGUGCAUCUAUUUAUGAAAAACAUUUUCCCGAUUGUGAAAACGAAAAUUUUGGCAGUACAAAGUAUUGGGAAUGUUACAUACAACAUUUAACUUUAACUUCUUAUCAUCCUGCUGGUACAUGUCGCGUGGGUGAUGUAGUCGAUCGAAAUUUUAGAGUUUACGGUAUGACAAAUUUAUACGCGAUCGAUGCAUCUGUAUUACCAUCUUUACCAAGCGGCAACAUUAAUGCUGCAGUUUUAAUGCUAGCUGAAAAAGCUGCGCAUACAUUUAAAUGGAACGUAAAACUUAAUAUAAGUGAUGCAAAAUGUUACAAGCCAUACACCUACUACGAUAAAUUUAGCCAAUAA